UUCAACAACAACAACAAAUUUCGGAAUCUCCCUACUUUAGACAUUUUAGUAUUUGGACUUCCCCGCUAUGACGACACAUUGGGUUAAUAUUGGGUAGCGAUAAAUGAUUUUUAGUUUAGUUUAGAGAGAGAAGACUUUUUGGGAGUGUUUUUUCGCUGCUACUAACCGCUCAAAUUUAAUUUCCUGACAGCUAGCCAAGUAGCCAAUUAGCUAAACUUAGCUCUUGAGUUGGUGAACUCCUCCUUCAGGUAUGUGAGUUAGUUCAGCUCUCCAGCAGACUCUCAAGGGAACCUCGUCGCGUUUUUUACACAGUGGAUGUAUUUGCGGCCGGCGUGACGACUAAGCCGUAGCAAUGUGUUGACUCGAGCAGGUAGAGCUGGAACUGGACUUCGAAGAAUCGACCACGGUCCGAAGGUCGAGUUACAGCCUCAGCGCGACAGCUCAGCCGCUGCAGAUAAGGUAUUACCGGGUCACGCCAUCCAUACUGUAGUCUUGUGAACAAGACCGAAAUGAGCUGACCAUGGGGGACGUGGGACUGAUUUGAGGGAUAUUGGAAAGACCUUUUCUACAAUGGGGAGUCAGAGGAACGGUUUGCAGAAGGAACGCUUCAUCUUGUCGGUGGACGUCGGGACAACAUCGAUCCGGUGUCACGUCUACGACAAGGAGGCAAAAAUCCGAGGAUCAUGCACCGCCGAGGUUGUUCCCUUGUAUCCAGAGGUAACAUAUGUGGAGAUGGACCCAGAUGCACUAUGGACCGGGUUUGUCGAUGUGGUCAGGGGAGCUGUGCAAGAUGCAGGAGUGCAAAUGCGUCAGAUAGAGGCCCUCGGCAUCUCUACCCAACGAAGCACCUUCACAACAUGGGACAGGAGAACUGGGGUUCCUUUCCACAACUUCAUCAGUUGGCAGGAUCAGAGGGCUGCAGACCUGGUGAAGUCCUGGAACAGAUCCUGCACAAUGAAAGCAAUCCAUGGCGUGAUGAAGGUGCUCUACUUCCUGACCAGGCAGAAGCGAUCGCUUGCAGCAAGUCUUAUCGUCUUCUCCACUCAACAUGUCACCUUCCGCCUCGUCUGGGUCCUGACACACUACAAGCAGAUUCAUCAGGCAGUAGCUGAGGGGAACUGCUGCUUUGGAACCAUAGACACCUGGCUCCUGUUCAAACUCACAAAAGGACGUGUCCACGCCACAGACUACUCUAAUGCCAGUGCAACAGGAAUUUUCGACUCCUACCAGAUGUGUUGGAGUGGGUUGCUCUGCUCUCUAGUGUCUCUGCCUCUCUCCAUCUUCCCCAAAGUAGAAAAUACAUGCCAUGACUUUGGUUCCACAGACCCAUCCAUCUUCGGCGUGCCCAUCCCCAUCAUGUCAGUGAUGGCGGACCAGCAGGCAGCCAUGUUUGGAGAGUGCUGCUUUAAUGUUGGCGAUGUGAAGAUCACCAUGGGAACGGGUACCUUCAUGAACAUCAACACCGGGAACAAACCGCAUACGUCUGUAGCAGGUCUGUAUCCUGUGGUGGGGUGGAAGAUUGGCUCAGAGUUGGUGUAUCUGGCCGAGGGCAACGCAGCAGACACAGGCACUGCCAUCAAAUGGGCACAGGAGCUGGAGCUCUUCUCUGACGUCCGGGAGACCAGUGCCAUGGCUUACAGUGUCAGUGACUCAGAUGGAGUGUGUUUCGUCCCAUCCUUCAGUGGCCUGCAGGCUCCUCUGAAUGAUCCCAAAGCUUGUGCUUCCCUCAUGGGCCUCAAACCUUCCACCACUAAAAGUCACCUGGUCCGUGCCAUUCUGGAGUCUAUCGCCUUCAGAAACAAGCAGCUAUAUGAGACCAUGCUGACGGAAACUUGCAUUCCCAUCACAAAGAUCAGGGUGGACGGCGGCGUUUCCUCCAACAACUUCGUCAUGCAGCUGACCGCAGACCUGUUUGGCAGAAAGGUAGCCAGACCCCAACACCAUGAAAUGUCGUGUUUAGGGGCUGCUUUUGUCGCUGGACUUGGAGUCGGCUUCUGGAGGUCGAAGGACGAGUUGAAGAAGCUGCAUAGUACCGACGAGGUGUUCUUGCCCCGAGGAGCACACGAGGCGGGUGCUUCCAGCCCAAGAGGGGAAUACAGCUCCGUCCUCCAGAGCUGGGAGAGAGCUCUCCGACGCUCCAUGAAUUGGUACACCAAGCCUUGACACUGGAUGCAAUGGGGGGAAAUCAAAUAGGAAGAUGGAGACAUGAGUUUUUGUACACGUGAAAGCAGACAAUAACUGUUUGAAGAUACAGCAACCAUCAGCUGCGUCUCUUGGAAAGGUCCAGUACAGGUCUGAUCCAGGCCGCAGCGCCGUCAGCCACCUGCACAGCCUUGAAUUGUUUUCCACAUACCAGCGUGACUACACUGUUUACAUGAUUUCCUCUCAAUGUAGCAGCCUUAUCAGAUUAAUACUUUACUCAUUCCAGAUUUCAAGCCUCCGGUGCCUCUUCAGAUGACAGUAUUUUAUCCAUGGGGCAUAAUAUUUGUACAGUUUCCCACAUGGGGGCGCUAAUGACUGCAUUUACAGCUUUUAAAUUUAUGAACUCGCCAUAGCAACCACAUGCCACAUGCUAAUAAGGUGCCACAGAUGGGGGAAAAAAAAAAAAAAAAGAGCCAGCACUGACUCUUCUGUUCACA